AUGGCUGCGGAAAAGAAGGCGGAAGGUCCGAACGUGGACGCCAAGCCGGCGCCGACUGACGGCUCGCAGAAGGCCGAUCUGGAAGCGGUGCCGAAGGGCGCAGAGCAUGCAAACGGCGGGGAGGAGGUCGAAGCCACCGGCGGAGACUUUCCAGGCGAUAAAAUGACGACCGAUUACGAAGACGAGUAUCUCGGCUAUGACGUGGCGGGAGACGCGGCGGACGUCGGCGAGGCCGGAGGCGUGUCGUCGGCGCUGGAGGGCGGAGCGACCCCGUCGUCCAGCCCACCGCCGGCGGGGACCACGACGCCAGCCCCGGAAGACCAGCCGACCGACCCCGUGGAGCAGCCGGCGGCCGGUUUCGGCAUCCCCGGCCCGCCGGGGCUGACCGCCGCGCCGUCGCGGACCGCUGCAGCCGACGAGGGCAGUGUCGCGCCGCAGACGGGGGACCAGCGCUCAGCGGAGCCCGCGGAGGACGACGGCAGCUUGCCGCCUGCCCCCGUCCUGACCGCCGGACGGCACUCUGCCCGGGAAAGCGAUGCCUCGGAGGUCCCGGGGCCGGGACGGCAGGCGCUGCAGGACACCGCCGAGGGGGUGCCGAUGCCGGGGCAUGGCGGUGACGAGAUCCUGUCGAAGGGGCAGGCUUCGGAGUGUGGGGAGCCCGGUGAGGCCGCUGCAGCGUCGGUCGGGCUGGAUGCCGAGCGCGGCCUGCUGCGCGAGCGGCGCCGGCUGGUGCGCGAGCUGAAGCGGAGGCGGCCACCUCUGGGCGACGCUAGCCCGACCGCGCUGCCCAGCUACGACCCGCUGUCGCGCGACUACCGCCGGCCGUCGUACGCGCAGUUCCGGGGCGAGGCGGCGCUAAAGCGGGCCGUCAGUAAGCUGCACCAGCGGCUGACAGUCUACAAGGAGGAGACGGACUCCUUGAAGGCGCAGCUGGAGCAGACCAACAAACAGCUGGUGGAGGGUGGGUCGGUGGACAGCCAGGCGAAGCUGCAGGCGGCCGCUGCCGACCAGCAGGCGGCUGAGGACGAGCUCGAGGACGCCCGCUUUCAGAUCACCGAGCUGAACGGCCAGGUGGCCGCGCUCGAACAGGAGCUGCAGGAGGCGCAGCAGGUGCUCGAGGAGCAGACGGCCAUGCUCAGCUCGCAGCAGGCAAACAACCCUCAGCUAGACUCUAUGAUUGUGGAGACGGUGAGCAAGCUGGAGACGGAGCUGAAGCAGCAGCGCAAGAAGCUGAUGGGUGAAGUUGACAAGCUGAAGAAAGACAAGAAGCACCUCAACGAGGAGCUGUCAAAGACCAGGCCAAAAAUUAAACAGCUGGAGUCCCAGCUGGCAGAGUCUGAGGGCCUCGUCAGUGAGCUGGACACGCUGCGCGGCGUGCUCAAGAGCCGCGAGGACGGCACCGACAACGGUUCGGAUGGAAAUGUUCAGGCACUUCUGGAUGGGAGUAAGCUUAAGGCCCAGGUUGAAAAGCUUACGAAAGAGAGAGCUAAACUGAAGGAGAAAUGGAGACAGGAGCGGGAGAUGCUGAAGAAGGCUCAGGAGGCCGAGAAGACACUGGCCGCUGACCUGACGCAGCUGUCCGAACGCUGCGAGAAGGCCGAGGUGGACAAGUUCGAGGCCGAGUCCAAGCUGGACCACCUGGAGAAGUACUUCCAGAAGAAGGAGGUCUCCUUCCAGGCGGAGAUGGGCGUGCUGAAGUCGCGCCUCAAUCACACCGAGGGAGACGCCUCCAGCAACCAGGGCCUGCUGCUCCAGUACAGCGAGCAGCUGGAACAGAACAAACUGCUGAUUGAGUCGCUCAAACAGGAGAUUCAGGACCAGGAGCGCUCGUUCCGCUCCCAGAUCCAGGCGCUGGAGAAGCGCGCUCACGAGAGCUGGGUCACGUGCCGCCAGGCCGAGCGUCGGCUGGAGGAGGCCAACAGAGAGGCGGCGCAGUACCGCGCCCUGUGA